AUGGUGUCUGUGGUGGAGGGAGAAGAGCAAGGCAAGAAACUUGUUGGGGAGAGCUGUCUGUCACCCCUUCCCCGCCCUAGGCAGACAUCAUCACAGGUACAUAAGGUCCCAGCUGGGGCUGGUGUUUGUGCUGUUGUGUGGAGAGCAAGUGAGGAAAGUGACCCCCAAGCUGCCAUCCCUGAGCCCCAGGUGCAGGAGCAGCAGGUGCCUGCAGAGACCAAAGAUCUAGUGGCUACUGCAGUUGAGGAGACCAAGGAUGCUGUCUGCAGCACAGUCACUGGGGCCAAGGCUGCAGUGUCCAGCAUGGUGGACGUGGCCAAAGGGGCUCCCCAGGAGGGCGUGGAGAUGACGAGAUCUGCAGUGAGCAGCAGCAUGGAUGCUGUAAUAGGCUCAUCCCUGGGCCAGGAGGUUGCAAGUGGCCUGGAUGUGGUGCUGGGGAAGUCAGAGCAGUGGGUGGACCACUACCUCCCCGUGGCAGAUGAAGAGCUGGCUGCACUUGCCACCUCUGUGCAAGGGGCAGAGGUGGCUCCACUGGAGCAGCAGAAGCAGCAGCAGAGCUACUAUGUGCGCUUGGGCUCCCUCUCCACAAGCCUGCAGCAGCGAGCCUACCAGCACUCCCUGGGCAAGAUGAGGCGUGCCAGGCAGAGUGCCCUGGAGGCCCUGGUCCAGCUGCAGCAAGUUGUGGAUGUGAUUGGCUCUGCCAAGCAGGCUGGGGAUCAGACAGUGCACAACAGCCAGGAGAAGCUGAAGCGGCUGUGGUUGGAGUGGCGCCAGGGCCAGCCAGGAAGCCAUGAAGGGGACAGCACCCCACAGCCUGAGGAAAUGGGCUCCCAGGCUCUGUCCACUGCCCAGACCCUCCUCCAGCAUGUGCAUGAUGCCUGCCAGAGCCUGGUGCCCAGCAUCCAGGGGCUGCCAACCAGUGUGCAGGAGCAGGUCCAGCAAGGCUGCCGGCACCUGGGGGAGCUCCAGGCUGCCUUCUCCAGUGCCCCGUCCUUCCAGGAGCUGUCUGAGGGGCUCCUGAGCCAGAGCAGGGAGAAAGUGGCCAAGGCCCGGGAGUGCCUGGAUGAUCUGCUGGAGUAUGUGGCUAGGAACAUCCCUCUUACCUGGGUUGUGGGGCCCUUUGCUCCUGCUGCAGCCCCUGCAGAGCAGGUGGAGGAGCCUGUUGCAGAGGGGAAAGUGGAGGAACCUGCAGGGGAAGGGAAGGUGGAGCUCUGAAGUGGUGAACCCUCCCCACCAUGGGCAAUUCCUAUGGAAGGAGAACCCAGUCUUUGUUGAGGGAUUUCUUUGUGUGUCUUCAUUCAGACAGUGAAGGUGGGGUGGGCCUCUGUCUGUCUGAUUGGGGUAAGGAUCUGCACAAUAACCUGCUAGCUUGCCUGGGUUCCCCAGAACAGGCUUUCUUUCCCUUCCCCUCAACUUAGUUGGCCUGUUGGUGUGUUACUAAUUCAAAGCUUCUCCAGUCCUAAAGAACAUGCCUUCUGGUGUGACUGCUGUUGGCUUUGUGCCGAUCUAAUCUGGUGUUUGCAGCCUGUUUCCAGUGUGUGCCACCCAGGUUGCAGGGAAAAGAGGUAUCCUUCUUGUAUUGGCUCUUGUACUUGGCAGAAUUGCUGCAGCCACUUGAAUAAACACUGCAUUGAAAAAACA